CCCACCUCACUCCCAAGCCAACUCACUGCUGGCUUUUCUCUCAGCACAGUGCUGCAUAGCUGCCUUCACCAUCCUCUUCUUCACGCGUUUUUGGCUGGUCAGCGCCCUCUACGCCGCGUGGUGGUUCCUAGACAGGGAAAAGCCCAGCAAGGGUGGGAGGCGGAUCCACAUCAUCCGGAACAGCGUCGUCUGGAGAUACAUGAGGGACUAUUUCCCCAUCACGCUGGUGAAGACGGCGGAGCUGGACCCGAGGCAGAACUACCUGGUGGGAUUUCAUCCCCACGGGGUCCUGGCAACAGGAGCUUUUCUCAAUUUCUGCACAGAGGCAUCAGGUUUUUCCACCCUCUUCCCGGGCAUCACCCCGCACCUGAUGAUGCUCUCCCUGUGGUUUCGCGUCCCAUUCUUCAGGGACUACCUGAUGAGCGGAG